AUGCCGGGAGCUCUUCCGGCUCCAACUCCUCUCGCUCAGCGUGGCCAGAUUCGGUGGACGAAGGGCUUGGGGGUGCUGGUGGACGAAAAGCUGGACGUCAGCCGGGCCGACGACGCGUGGACGAGCGAGACGGAGGAGGACAGUUCCCAGGAGGAAGACGGCGAGCUGCGCGGUGGGUCGGCGAGGAAGCCCAAAGGUGGCAUCUCCCCGGGCUACGAGCGCCACAAGAACCACUCGGGAAGGAGAUCGGCUUCUUCCAGCCAGAAAGGGAGAAAACCUAACGCCAAGAGCCCCUCAAGAAUGCGGCUGGGGCAGCACAAGCACGCCUGCGGCAAGUGUGGGAAAAGCUUCAGCCGAGGUUCGUCCCUCAACCGGCACCAGCGGGUCCAUCUGGGGGAGAAGCCCUUCACCUGCUCCAGCUGCAGGAGAAGUUUCGCGUGCAGCUCCACCCUCAAGGACCACCAGAAGACCCACUGCCAGGAGAAACCCUACAAGUGCCCCAGCUGCGAGAAACGCUUUGCUUCCGCCAAGUCUCUCAAAAAACAUCGCAAGCUCCACCUGGAGAACGGGGCAUACCGGUGCUCCGACUGCGGGAAAAACCUCACUUCCAACUCAGCUCUUAUCAUCCACCGAAGGAUACACACCGGGGAGAGACCCUACCAGUGCCCCGACUGCGGGAAGGGCUUCAUGGCCAACAAGUCCCUCAACAAGCACCGCAAGAGCCACACGGAAGGUGCGAUCUUCGUCUGUCCGGACUGCGGGAAAAAACUCACUUCCAAGUCCACCCUCAUCAUCCACCGUCGAAUACACACGGGGGAGAGACCCUACGAGUGCCCCGACUGCGGGAAAAGCUUCAUGGCCAACAAAUCGCUCAGCAAGCAUCGCAAGACUCACAUGGAGGAGGGGACCUAUAAGUGUCCCGAGUGCGGGGAAACCUUCCCAAAAAACUCAGCCUUCGUAGCCCAUCUCAGGACCCACAGGGACCAGCCCCCGUACCCGUGCUCCGACUGCGGGGAAGCCUUCUUUGAAAGCUCGUCUUUCAAGCGACACCGGAAAAAGCACUUGGUAGAGAAACCCUACCAGUGCUCCGACUGCGGGGUCGGCUUCACCGUCCACUCCGCCCUCCUCCUCCACCAGAAGAGCCACGUAGGACCCAGGCCCUACGUCUGCUCCGACUGCGGGAAAGCUUUCCGGGAGAGCACCACCCUCCGCAGGCACCAGCGCAUCCACACGGGUGAGAAACCCUACCGGUGCUCUUACUGCGAGAAGAGCUUUCGGGCCAGCUCCACCCUCAUCAUCCACCGCAGGAUCCACACCGGGGAGAAACCUUAUAAAUGCACCAAAUGCACCAAGUGCUUCAUGUCCAGCUCUUCCCUCAUGAAGCAUCUGCGGACGCAUCUCCGCAAGGAGCUGCUGGUGGGUCCCAGUCAGUGA